ACCAUCAUAUACCAGUAGUAGCGUAUUCAUCCCAUCUAUCAAACGCAUCUACAUCUCAUACAAAAAUGUCUCAACAACCAGAGACUUUUGGCUUUGCCGCUGAUAUCAGUCAAUUGCUUGAUUUGAUCAUCAACACUUUCUACUCAAACAAAGAAAUCUUUUUGCGUGAAUUAAUUUCAAACGCUUCAGAUGCUUUGGACAAAGUUCGUUAUGGUGCUUUAACUGAUCCUUCAGUUUUGGAAACUGAAAAGGAUUUGUACAUCAGAAUCACUCCUGAUAAGGAAAACAAGAUUUUGUCCAUUCGUGAUACCGGUAUCGGUAUGACAAAGGCUGACCUUGUUAACAACAUUGGUACAAUCGCCAAAUCAGGUACAAAAGCAUUUAUGGAAGCUUUGUCUUCUGGUGCUGAUAUUUCCAUGAUUGGUCAAUUCGGUGUCGGUUUCUACUCUGCAUACCUUGUCGCCGAUCGCGUUCAAAUCAUCACAAAGAACAACGAUGAUGAACAAUACAUUUGGGAGUCUGCCGCUGGUGGUACUUUCACCAUCACACCAGACACAACCAACCCAUCAAUCGGUCGUGGUACAGAAUUGCGCUUGUACUUGAAGGAUGAUCAAUUGGACUACCUUGAAGAAAAGAGAAUCAAGGACAUCGUCAAGAAGCACUCCGAAUUCAUCUCCUACCCUAUCCAAUUGGUUGUUACCAAGGAAGUCGAAAAGGAAGUUGAAGAAGAUGAAAAGCACGAUGAAGACAAGAAGAUCGAAGAAGUUGAAGACGAAGAAGACAAGAAGAAGGAAAAGAAGAAGGUCAAGGUCAAUGAAACCUCCAACGAGGAAUUGAACAAGACCAAGCCAAUCUGGACUCGUGACCCCAAGAACAUCACCCCUGAAGAAUACGGAGCCUUCUACAAGAGUUUGAGCAACGAUUGGGAAGACCAUUUGGCCGUCAAGCACUUCAGCGUCGAAGGUCAAUUGGAAUUCAAGGCAUUGCUAUACAUCCCCAAGCGUGCACCUUUCGACUUGUUCGAAUCCAAGAAGAAGCGUAACAACCUAAAAUUGUACGUUCGUCGUGUCUUCAUCAGUGAAGAUGCUGAAGAAUUGGUCCCCGAAUACUUGAACUUCAUCAAGGGUGUCGUUGACUCUGAAGAUUUGCCAUUGAACAUUUCUCGUGAAACCCUCCAACAAAACAAGAUCUUGAAGGUCAUCCGCAAGAACAUCGUCAAGCGCUCUUUGGACAUGAUCAGCGAAAUCGCUGAAGACAAGGAGAACUACACCAAGUUCUGGGAAGCUUUCGGAAAGAACUUGAAAUUGGGUAUCCACGAAGAUACCGCAAACCGCGAGAAGUUGGCUGAAUUCAUGCGUUACCCAUCCACAAAGAGUGGAGAUGAGUUGACCAGCUUGGAUGACUACAUCACACGUAUGCCAGAAAUCCAAAAGAACAUCUACUACUUGACCGGUGAAAGCAUGUCAGCUGUCAAGGACUCUCCAUUCCUUGAAUUGCUCAAGAAGAAGAACUUCGAGGUCUUGCUCAUGGUUGACCCAAUUGACGAAUACGCUUGCCAAGCAUUGAAGGAAUUCAAGGGCAAGAAGCUCGUCAGCGUUUCCAAGGAAGGAUUGGACUUGGAAGAAACCGAAGAAGAGAAGAAGGCACGCGAAGAAGAAUCCAAGAAAUUCGAAGAAUUGUGCAAGGCAAUGAAGGAAAUCUUGGGCGAACGUGUGGAAAAGGUCGUCGUUUCCAACCGUAUUGUUGGAUCACCAUGUGUCAUCGUUACCGGUCAAUACAGUUGGUCCGCUAACUUGGAACGUAUCAUGAAAGCACAAGCAUUGCGUGAUAGCAGCAUGAGCCAAUACAUGGCAUCCAAGAAGACAUUGGAAAUCAACCCAGCCAAUGCCAUCAUCAAAGAAUUGAUGCGCAAGACACAAGCUGACAAGAACGAUGUCACUUUGAAGGAUUUGGUCAACCUCUUGUUCGACACAUCCUUGUUGACUGGUGGAUUCACAUUGGAAAACCCAAGUGACUUCGCCGGAAGAUUGUACAAAUUGAUCAGUUUGGGAUUGUCCAUUGAUGAUGAACCAAUUGCUGAAGAAGUACAAGAAGACAAGGCUGCUGAAGCAACAACUGGUGAAAGCGCAAUGGAAAGUAUCGAUUAAGAGCACCAUUUGUUUCGUCUUUUGUUUCUCGUUUUCCCAUGUACUCUGUUCAUAUAUAAUUUACUAGACAAAACACAUCUUUCUCGUGUUUCACCAAAAUCAGAUCAAUGUCAUUGUUUC